CAAGUACAAAGACUGCAAAGCUUCCAAGUCUGAUUCGACGUCCAUCCUGAGCUUCUCGGUAUUAUGCUUCUCUUGGCCAAGUCUCUUGCUGUUCUUGCAGCAUUGCUGCUCAACUCCAGCGUCUUUGCACACCCUGGACAUGAUGUCUCCGGGGAGGUGGCUCAACGUGCGACGUAUAUUUCGACCGCAGAAAAGCGCUCGUUGUCCCAUUGCUCCGCCAAGUUAAAGGAAAGAGGAUUCCAAGAUCGUUCAAUUGCUCGACGGCAUGAAUUGGUUCAAGCUCUCCGAAAGAAGCGUUCCCUCGAGGUCCGUGAUUUCAGGACUGCACUCAAUACUUCCCAUCAUUCGACCGAAAAAUAUACGGCUCAGACGGACCCUGGAGUUAUUUUUGCUGGAAACAGGUCUUGUAUUCUCUCACCUGAGGUCACUGAAGGCCCAUAUUACGUCAGUGGAGAGCUCGUGCGCCAGAAUGUAGUAGAGAAGGAGAAGGGGGUACCGUUGACCUUCGAGGUACAAGUCAUCAACAUUAAGACCUGUGAGCCCAUGAAGGGAGUGUUGCUUGAGAUGUGGCAUUGCAACAGCACAGGUGUGUAUGGUGGUAUUUCGGGAGGAAACGCAGCUGGUGUCUCCGAUGAUCGCGAACUUAACAACACCAUGUUGCGCGGUAUCCAGCCAAGCAAGAAAGAUGGCGUUCUACUCUUCGACACCAUCUUCCCAGGGCACUACGUUGGCCGCACUCCUCAUAUCCACGUCAUGGCUCACCUCAACGCCACUAUUCUCCCGAACAACACCGUAUCUGGAGGUACCGUCUCACACGUCGGCCAACUCUUCUUCGACCAAUCCCUUAUAUCCGCUGUUGAAGCCACAGCCCCGUACAAGACCAAUACCCAACCUCUUACGACGAACGAGCAAGACUUUAUCAUGGCUCAAGAAGCCGAAACUGGAGACCCGAUUCUCGAAUACACUCUCCUCGGUUCCAAAAUCGAAGAGGGGCUCUUUGGUUGGAUCGCUUUCGGUGUCGAUCCGACUGCUAACCGGACCGUGAACGCCGCGGCUAGCUUUGGAAAGGAUGGAGGAAAGGCGAAUCCAAAUCCGUUUGGACCUGGUGGACCGAUGCCUAGCGGAGGCUUCCCGGGAGGAUUUCCAAGUGGAAUGCCGUUCCCUCCUGGGUUUACUGGAUUCCCAUCGGGGUUUCAGCCCCCGUCCGGGUUCCCAGUGCCCACGAGCUUUCCCCAACCCAGCGUGAGUAGCGUUGCCAAGUCGAAGACGACGGGCAUGUAG